GUGGUGUUCAAAUCGCGUCAGAUCCGAGCCAACGACCGAUAACGAAGCGGAGGAGGACAGCAUGGCCGCCAACCAGGAGCGGGAGCAGCGCCGCCGCCUCCUCGACGUCGCGUCCCGCUUCCCUCUCCCAAGCGGCUGCAGGUUCUCCUAUGGCACGGCGGGUUUCCGCGCCGACGGCGCCACCAUGGCGCCCGCCGUCUGCCGCGCCGGCAUCCUGGCCGCGCUCCGCUCCGUCAAGCUCGCCGGCGCCGCCGUCGGGAUCGUCAUCACCGCCUCCCACAACCCCGUCGGCGACAACGGCGUCAAGAUCGCCGACCCCGACGGAGGCAUGAUGGCCCAGCACUGGGAGCCCUUCGCCGACGCCCUCGCCAACGCCCCCGACCCCGAUGCCCUCCUGCAGCUGGUGCUUCAGUUUGCCAAGGACGAGGGAAUUCCAUUGGGGGGCCACCACACGGCGCAAGUGCUGCUUGGCAGAGAUACUAGGCCAACAGGAGAGUACCUGCUCGAUGCCGCACUGCAGGGGAUAAAUGCAAUAGUUGGCGCACACGCAAUUGAUAUGGGAAUUUUGACCACCCCUCAAUUGCAUUGGAUGGUCCGGAGCAAAAACAAAGGCAUCAAGGUUUCAGAGUCAGAUUAUUUUACGCAACUUAUCGACUCAUUCAGCAGGCAUAUGUUGGAAUUAGUGCCAAAAGAUAAAGGUGGGGAUGAGCUUGCCAAGAAACUAAUUGUUGAUGGAGCAAAUGGUAUUGGUGGGGUGAAGCUUGAAGAAAUAAAGGCUGAGCUUUCAGGCAUAGAUAUUAUUGUGAGGAAUUCAGGUAAGGAAGGAGAAGGCAUACUAAACCACAUGUGUGGUGCAGACUUUGUUCAAAAGGAGCGAGUUACUCCUCAUGGGUUUAGCCCUGAAGAUGUUGGUGUCAGGUGUGCAAGUUUGGAUGGCGAUGCUGAUCGACUUGUCUAUUUCCGCAUGUCAUCGGCUAGCGACAAUAAGGUUGAUCUUGUUGAUGGUGACAAGAUACUAUCUCUGUUUGCUCUGUUUAUCAGAGAGCAGCUAGAUAUUAUCAAUAACAAUGGUAGUCAAGUUAACAAAUCAAUGCCUGCAAGGCUUGGCAUAGUUCAGACAGCUUAUGCAAAUGGGGCAUCAACCCAAUUUCUCAAGAACCAUGGCCUUGAAGUGGUAUUCACUCCUACAGGAGUGAAAUAUCUGCACAAAAAGGCUUUGGAGUAUGAUAUUGGUAUAUAUUUUGAAGCCAAUGGACAUGGUACUAUAGUAUUCUCGGAGGAUUUUCUCUCUCAACUACAGUCAUUAAGCAAUGAGCUCUCCUCUGACGCUGCCAAUGGUUCAGCACAGUAUCAUGCUGCAAUGAGACUGAUGGCUGCUAGUCAGCUGAUCAAUCAGGCAGUAGGAGAUGCUCUGAGUGGUUUGCUUUUAGUAGAGGCUAUUUUGCAGUAUAAGGGAUGGUCAUUUCAGAAUUGGUGCGAACUAUAUAGUGAUUUGCCCAGUAGACAGCUGAAGGUGAAAGUUAUAGAUCGAAGUUCAAUUGUGACAACAGAAGCGGAGACAAAAGUUAGUCAACCUUCUAGUUUGCAAGAAUUGAUAGAUAAGGAGACUGCCAACUGUGCCCACGGGCGAUGCUUUGUGCGGCCAUCUGGUACAGAAGAUGUGGUACGGGUGUAUGCUGAGGCAUCUACGCAGGUGGAAGCUGAUAGUCUUGCAAGAUCUGUGGCACACCAUGUGGAACACCACCUUGGAUAACCAUUUACAGUCUUGCUUGCGAUUUUGACUAGACUAAAUUUUCUAGGGCUAUCCCCCCUGCGUUUGUACUUGCAACUUUUGCACCUGGGAGUCCAAACUUUUGAAUUUCACUGUUUAUAUGCACAGAAUUCACUGUCAUCUCCCUUACUGCCUUCUCUAAAUGACACGUCGGUCCUUGUUAAAUUAACUGGAUUGACACUCUA